GCAAGAUGGCCGCCUCUUAUGGGUCGGGCGGCCAAAGCCCCCCUGUAAUAGGACGGCCAGUUGAGCGAGUGUUCGAAGAGGCACAAGUUUACCGGAGAAAUUAAUUUAAGUGGAAGAAAGUUAAAGGAUUAUCCAAAGAUAUGCAGCAAGUAUGAACUGGCUGACACAAUUCAGACCGAUCUGUCAAAGAAUCGGUUUGGUGAAAUCCCACCAGAGGUAUGCGAGUACACCUCCAUGGAAAGUCUGAACUGUUACUACAAUGUUAUCAAGUCCAUUCCAGAAGCCAUCACACAGUUACAGUUACUUACACAUCUCAACCUCAGUCGGAACCAACUGGCAGUAUUACCAGUCUCAUUGUGUGUUCUUUCAUCCCUGGAGGUCCUCUGUGCAUCCAACAACAAAUUGGUUUCAUUGCCAGAGGAGAUUGGCAAGCUCGACAGACUUAUGGAUCUGGAUGUGAGCUGCAAUGAAAUCUCCCAUCUACCCCCACAGAUUGGAGAUUUAUCCUCCUUGCGCUCUCUUAACCUACGUAGAAACUUACUUGUAGAACUUCCAUUAGAUAUUUGUAAGCUCAGCUUGCGGAAGCUGGACAUUUCCAGUAACCGCAUUGAAAAGAUACCCACUGUCUUUCGAAAACUUGAAACCUUAGAGGAGAUCAUCCUGGAACAUAACCCUUUGUCAUCCCCCCCUGCACAUAUCUGCACCCGAGGCAGACAGCACAUCAUGAAAUAUCUGCAAAUAGAGGCAAUUAGAGAGGACCGCAAACGAGGCAUUCUUACAGACUCCGAAAUGAAGCGGCCAUUCAGAAAAUCUCUUCCACCUCAGCAUCGUCACAAUGGUAAAAUUCAGAGGACAUCUGAUGAAUUUCGAAACAUUUUGGACAACCCAGAACCUAAGUGGAAACGUCACACUGUUCUCAGCAGUGACUCAGGAUACAGCACAACUGAAAGCCUGGAUAAAGUUGGGUGGAGCCAGAAUGAGCAAGCUGUUGUUGGUGAACUGGAUGAAAGCAAUAUGUUGGCUAUAAAAGCUGCAGAAGCUGUGAGAGAGCAGAGACAAGGAAGGGAUGGCUACAACCAUGGCGGUGCCCACAUUGUUAACCAUACUGCACCAGAGGGGGAAAGAAUUCGGCUUCACUCAUCACCCACAUCUGCUUGUCCCCAGUCACCUUUGACCCUAGGAAUCAAUGGAAAUCAUGCCCCAAGCCUUCCAGGCCCCAGCCUCAUUGCCAACUCAGCGCAGCGGGCCAGACUCCCAGACAGAGACUUUUCACAGGUCCUACCCGCAACCUGUCCAUCACCUGGUCCUUAUCAGUACCCCAAUUAUCAACAGCUUUCUCAACAGAGUUAUCGUCCCCCCAUUUCUCACAUGCGGUCAAGCUCACCUAGUCCACUCUCUAACAGUCAGAGCCAUGCUCCGGCAGCUCAUAUCUCCUCACAUCCCUUGCAUGGCCGACUCAAUGACGUUCACUCACUGUCGUAUUUACAAUCCAGUAUACCCCUUCCACAGAACCAACAGAAUGAAUUCCGUCCUCCCCCUAUACCCAUAAUCUAUGUUGAUGAUGAGGAAAUAACACCCCCCGUGACCCCACCUACCCCCCUGGCUCAACACCAAGCACAAGUCUUGUCCUUAGAGGACGAGUUUUCUAGGGAGCUUCAACGACAGAAAAUGGAGUAUGAGCAGCGCAAGAAGGCUGCUGAGCAAAUUCGCCUCCAACAGGAGGAGAAGGAAAGAGAGGACAGGCGAAGGGCUGCUCUCAAGGUGCAGGAGGAACAGCGUGCCUUACUAGAGAAGCAGAAGCAGGAGAUGAAGCUGGAGGCUGAGCGGCGACAGCAGGAGGAAAAUCUUCGGUUUGAGGAGCAGCAGCGGUUGCUACGAGAACAAGCUCAACAGGAGGAGGAGGCACGACUGCGGGAAGAGGAAGCCAGAGUGCAAGAGGAGGCCAGAAUACGAGAGGAGGAGAAGGCCCGAGCAGAGGCUAAGCAGCAAGAAGAAGCACGGAAAGGCAAGGCUGCAAAUACAAACAACUCAAUCUACGAGCACCCUUUACCUCCCCACUGGGCUCAGCCAGUCCAUGGGUCUUACCAUGGUUAUGGCCUCGUCCAGCAGGACUACCAGGAGUACCCCCUGUAUGAAGAGGCUGCCCAUGAUAGCUAUUUUGGCAUGGCUGAACCCUAUAGUUCUGCCCCUGAUAACUGCCUCUCCGAAUGGGAAUAUAGGAAUGCACUAAGCUCCCACAGUUUUAAGGAGCAGCGUCGUAUUGCCAACACUCAGCAGUAUCGUCGCACAACAUCAGAUAGCGCCAAGCGAGGCAUCCCCACACCAAUCAACGCGCAUGUCGACAAUCAUAAUCACAUCAACAGAAAUGGUAUUGCUGAUGAUGAUGUGAGCGAACCCAUACCACCCCUGUCACCCUCUCUCGCCAACCCCUCCAGCUCAAAAGCCACCACCCCCACCUCAACCAUCCCUGGUUUGUUACGUGUACAAGGAGGAGAGAAGGGAUCACAGAGCCCUGCAGUACGGCGCAGCAAGGGUAAUGAACGCUCAAACGUCCCAACUCCAAGUGCCGGUCGAUCGGUAUCCAGGACAUCAAGCACAAGCAGUGUGAACAGUGUUCAGUCCCAGGGAAGUUCUGGGCGUACUCCUGCUACAUCAUCCACCACCAACACAUCAACUACAUCGACUGCUGUGAGAUCCAAGAACCAUAUCACUCCAAAUUCAACUCCCAAAAACGCACGGAGAACCAUUGGUCGCAUUGAGGGCGAUAACGAAAAGCCACAAGGUCGCAUGUACACUCAGCCCUCCACAACCUACUCCAGACUUCGACCCCCAACCACCUCUUUUCGUCGUGAAGAAGAGCUCAAACAGAAACAACAGCAGCAGGUUAAAAUCCAACAGCAGGGCGAGUCUCAGAAACUCAAAUCCCGCGUUGAAGAACAGCGGGGAAAAGCCCCUGCCCGUGAAGGGGUGGCAAUGGGGUCGAAGAGGCAAGGUGCCAGUGAUGGCGAAGACAAACGAAGAAGCAAUCAGUCACGGGCAGGUGCAACCACAGCAGGCAGAGGUGGUCGUAAUGCAGCUGUAAAGGUGCUGGAAGAUUACAAAGAUGCUAACCCCAACUUCACUGUCCGACGACGUGAUGAAAUGCACAGGGAGGAGAAUCAGCAGCUAGAGAUGCUGAGACAGACAAUAGAGUCAAGACUCAAAGUAACUCUGCCAGACAAUCUGCCGGAAGCUCUCAGAGACGGUGUCGUGCUUUGUCACCUGGCUAACCUCAUUAGACCUCGGUCCGUCGCCAGCAUCCAUGUUCCAUCACCUGCUGUGCCAAAGUUAACACUAGCAAAAUGUCGACGCAACGUAGAAAAUUUCCUUGAAGCCUGCAAAAAGAUUGGAGUCGAUCAGGAGCAGAUCUGUGCACCAGCAGAUAUCAUGGACGAGCGAGGAGUGCAGCGUGUGGCUAUCACCGUGGCAGCAUUGGUAGCCAUAGGAACCAAUCCACGCCAGUCAGCAGUAUGACGGCUUGCGGAGCUGCUAGGAGGAACUGCCUGUCUUCUCAUCAUUCUCGUUCUUUUUCUCGACGCCACUGAGAAGAUGGGAAUCCCAGUGUUUCCAUAUGACUGACAUCUUGACGCCACGAAAUGCCGGGGUUUCCAUAUGACUGGCAUUUGAUGCCACAAAGAAGAUAGGAAUCCCAGUAUUUCUGUUCGACUGACACCUCAAAGCUUUCAGACAUUCUGCCAAACUUUCUAUUAGUAUAUGAAGCAAGCAGGCAUAAUAUUUAUUUUUGCUGUUCCUUUACAGUUCAGGUUGGGGAAGCGGGUGGAUAAUGUGAGGAUGUGGGUUUUGACUUGACAAUAGACAUUUGUGUGCCCUUCUUCCUCCAACCUCCUGUCAAUAUGUACAGUUUCUUUCUUAACCACAACUCUUUUAUAUUUGAUUAUGCUGAUUAUUUCCAUUCUGUAAAGUAAAACCUAGGAUGUAGGGCCAAUAGGACAGUCUAUGCCCCUUGUCUUAGUUAAUACUCCACCUGCUGUACUAGCUUAGUCUCUUCUCAUUUGUUCUGUGUGUAAGUGGUACAUGUUUCAGAAUGCAGUAUGCACACUCUGUCUGCUUGCUUGCUGUCUACAAACAAAUGACAUGGUACAGGGUAUUGUGGUUGCUUUUUGCACAUCUUGUGCCUACUUAAAAAUGAUCAUUUUCUAGUGCAUCUGUUUAGGAUAUGUAAUUAGAACUUUAUAUCUAGCUGAGGGGAAGAUUGUUAGUACUCUUGACUUAAAAGUAAAAGGCUGCUAGUUUAAGGCUAACCUGUAGUCUUGCUGGAAAAAUGCAAAGUUUUAAGCUGAGAUGGUUUCUUAUCUAGCUAUCUUGAUUGGCGUAGUCACCGUGCAACAUUAGCUGGUGACUUUGAUAACAGCUUCCUUCAGCAGUAUUGACCAGGUUGAAAACAAAAGUAAAGAAGUGAAACUCAUACCUUACCCCAUUCUGCCCCAGUGGAACAAGGGCUGCAACCAUAUGCCACCAGAUCCAGUUCUGGGCAUCCUUCUUCUGGUGGAUUCAUGUCAUCCCGUGCACUGAUCUCCUCCACCCUUUCUUAACCUGCUGACCUUGAUUACCCUUCCAUCUCUACCAAAAUUUCCUUGCCACCUCUUUAUUCCUUCCUAUCUUUUCCAACUGAUUUCUUUUCCUUUACACCCACUCUUAUCUUUCCACCCUUUCCUUGCCAUGACCUUCCGUCCUACCCUCCUAUCCACCAUUCAUAUUCUUCCACCACUUCUACACCCCCUAAGCUCACAGCCCAUCUUUUCCCACUCACCUCCCUGCCAAAUCCCUCACCAUCACAUCCCAAACACCCUUUUACCCCCUUCCCACUCUUCAUCACUUCUAUACCCUUCAAACUCCCAACCUAUCUUGUCCCAUUCCUUCUCUUCUUGCCUCAUCCCCUGUCAAUACACCCCCUUUCCAACCCAUUCUCACUCCUCCCAAUAUAUUAACCCCUUUAUCUGCCUCGCAGCAUAUGAUUUAUUCAGGGAAGAGUAGAAAAGUGGGCAGCUAGACUUGCAGGUAUGCAAGCAACAUUAGAGCUGUGUAAAAAGCAACCCUGACCGCAGCAGACUGUCAAUACAAUUUUAUCAAGACCUUUCUUUCUCCAUUAUGUCUGUCUCUUAGUGAGGGAAUUUCACAUUUCUUUCCUCACACAUGAGGUUAUAUUUUGUUUGUUUUACAUUGUGUUAUUUAUUAAUUUGCUGUACAGAUUGUGCAAUAAGUAACAGUGAUUAAGACAGUCACCUAUGCAACGCACUUGCUUGCCCUUUGCCUCUACUUCAAGAUUCUGGAGUUCUUGAGAGGUGGACAUCGGACAAAAAAAAACAACCUCCUAGCAGCCUGUAGCUACCACCUGCACUGAGGGUCAUGUGAAUGGGUCACAAAGCAUUUUUUUUUUUCUUUUGGAUAGGACCACAUAAUUUUACGUGUGGGUUUUAAUCUCCCAUUCGCUGGGUGCUUCCAAACUUUCGAUCCCCCUGAAACCUUUUUUUUUUUUUUUUACAUCCCACCCACCUUAAACCUGUAUGCAUUGUGCAACAAAUGCCAUCACUAUGUGUAAAUGUUCAUGUCAUUCUGUUCAUUUUUGUUUCCCAAAACAAAGUUUUACAGGGGGACUCAACAUUCCUGUCCAUCCCUUGCAUGCAAUUAAGAAAACACCGACCACCAGCCUGCAGAUUAAUUUUGAUUGCCAUGUAGCAAGAGAGGUUUGGGUGUUUUAAAAAAUACUUUAAAAAUUUAUUUUUUUUAGCCUCACAGAUUUUUCCUCUCUGAUUAACUUAUGUGAACUUGUCAAAUGGGUGGGUGGGGGGAACCGGGGUAUUAACUUUCUGUUUCUGUAGUUUGCGCAAAUGUACAGAAACAGAACCACGAAGCCUUUGUGAAUCACUGUGUUUAUGUUUGUGCGUUUUAUUGCAAUGAAGUUCAUAUGAAAUUUAA